UCAAAAUUGUAAGUCAACAAAACAAUAACUCGACUCAACAUGAAUUCAAAGAUCAUUUUUGCUUUUAUUUUAGCUGUUAACAUCUGUACCAUUACAACUGCUCAAGUGUACAGCUAUAAAGUGGCUGUUAGCACGGCUUAUAGAGAGUUUGAUAGCCAUGAAGGUAAACUCAAGCUUUCAGUUAUGAGUAAUGACACCAAUAAAAUUACACGAGAAGACUACUUAUUGACUCCAAAUGAUGUUGAAUUAAAAAGAGACAGUACUUAUACUGCAAAAAUUUCAUCGAUUGCUCCAUUAGACCACAUUACAUCAGUUUACCUUCGAUGGACUCUGGCCACACCAAACAAUACCGCCUAUGCGACCAAAAAACCAACAAUCUAUGUCAAUCCGGUUAAGCUAAAGAUGUUUACGCUUUUGCCACUCCCAAGUUUUUCUCCAUGUGAAAUUCACAUUUUUUAUCCAGAAACUUUUCCAAUCGGAAUUACAAAUGAGGAUGAAGCUAAUUUCAAAUUUGGGCAUAUCGAAACGGAUUGGAUCUAUUAUUAUAGAACCCCAAACGUCUCUCGAAUAGAUGCUGAUUGCUAAAUGUCUUGUAUCUCAAAGUCGCAAGUUUCGUCUAGCAUCUAUUCCCUUUGCACGCAACAUGCUAAUAGAGGUACUUUUCAUGUCUUGUAUUUUGAGCACUAUGAAAUUUUCAUAAUUAGCGAACCAAUUCUUAUUUGAUUACUGCGAUUGCAAGGAAAAGACCGUGUUUCAAAUAAUUACUGAAUUAAAUCAACUUUAAUAACAAUUAAAUAAAUAAACUAACUCGUCAGAUUUAUUCACCCUUUCGAAUGCUGAAUAUCGGGUUCGCUUAGGAUCACAAAAUAAUUUAUUGCUCUUACAAGUUAUUCAGGAUUUCAAAAUGUUUGUCUCGACUAACCCAUCAUGUUGAAAGAGACCGCAAAUUCAGCCGAUUACUCAAUUUCCAUGUUGAUUACAUGGAUAUGCACAUGGAUAGCAUGCUGAAUUAUAUAGUGAAGUUUUGAUUCUGGAAAAUCAGCAAACAGGGUUAACAGAUUGAAAUAUGGAUUUAAAAGUAUAUUUUUAAACUCAAUAAAGAUGCCGUCCAAGCCAGUAAAUGUUGAAACAACGUAAUCAAACAUUCUGAAUAAUUUGGUCAAUCAUAUUUGAAAAAUAGCCAAAAAGAGUGAAAAUUGCAGAAGCUGAUAUAAAGAC